AUGGAGUUCGAUCAACGUGUCAAAGCCUACAAAUUCGUCGCCUACUCGGCUGUGGCCUUCUCUGUCGUGGCCGUCUUCUCGGUGUGUGUCACCUUGCCGAUGGUCUACAACUAUGUGAACCACGUCAAGAAGAGCAUCAACACUGAUGUCAAGUACUGCAAGGACUCUGCUCGUGGUAUUUGGACCGGAGUUAACGAGCUCAAGGAGAUGCCCGCUGGAAACAGAACUGCCCGUCAGGCUGGAUACGGAGACUCUGGAGUUACCAACAACCAACAAACCGGAGGUGGCGGCAGCUGCGAUGGAUGCUGCCUUCCCGGACCAGCUGGAUCAGCUGGAUCUCCCGGAAAGCCUGGACGCCCCGGAAAGCCCGGAGCUCCUGGACUCCCUGGAAACCCUGGACGCCCACCACAGUCGCCUUGCGAACCAACCACCCCACCACCAUGCAAGCCUUGCCCAGCUGGACCUCCCGGACCCCCUGGACCACCAGGACCAUCUGGAGAUGCUGGAGCCCCUGGACAGCCUGGAGCCCCUGGAGGAGAUGCCGGACCUGGACAACCUGGACCCAAAGGACCACCUGGACCACCCGGAAACCCUGGAGCCCCCGGAGGCCCUGGACAGCCUGGAGCCCCCGCCCAGAGCGAGCCACUCGUCCCUGGACAACCCGGACCAGCUGGAGCGCCUGGACCAGCCGGACCCGCUGGACCACCUGGAGGACCUGGAGGACCUGGAGGCCCAGGACAACCUGGACCAAAGGGACCGCCCGGACCCGAUGGACAACCCGGAUCCGACGGAAACCCAGGAACCCCCGGAUCUCCUGGACAACCAGGACCAUCGGGAGAGAAGGGGAUGGCGGGACUUUAUCGGAGAUUGUGCUGCUGCGGUGAUGCGGAAAACGACCAAACUGGGCCGUACGAGCGACUCUCUGAAGAUGGUGACGGUGAUGUGGUACGUGUGCGCAAUCACGAGUCUUUCUCUCGCGGCUAUCCAAUCGAACAAACGGACGGACAGGGUGGUUUUCACUCGACGCCCAAGCAAGAAAACGAAGAGGAUUUGCUCAACGGGAUUGUCUCUGAGAUUCAAGAGAGCGUGAUUGACGUAACGCAGCACGAGGGAAUCUCUUUGAACACUCAGGAGUACAUGCAUCGCUACAACCAAUACGUGGCUGCCGUCACUCGACACGAUGAAAUGGCCAGCUCUCAAGUGGAGCCCGGAUCACUGCAUGACUCUGGCUUGCCUACAAAGUAUCGAUACAUUUUGGACGACACUGGUACAAAAAUCAGCGACAAAUACGCGAAGACGCAACUUACGGAGGAGAAGUACAAUGAAUACAGCCGCAUCGUCGGUGAGAUCGCUCAAGCUGUUCUUCAUAUGCAAGUCGCCAACAAGAAAGAUUUGGUCUUCAAUGGACUU